AUGGCACUGAGAUCGGCCCUCGCCUCGGCGCUCCUGCUCGCUGGCGCCGUCUCCGCCGACUGCUCCAACAAGCUUGCCGUCAGCUACCCUGCGCCCGAGGCUGCCAAGGGCUGGUCGUACCAGCUCGUUGCCAGUGGCUUCAAGAAGCCCCGCGGCAUUGAGUUCGACAAAGACGGCGGCCUCCUGGUCAUUGACGCCGGUGCCGGUCUUGUGCACCUCAGCCUCAAAGAUGAGGGCAACGCCUGCCUCUCCGUCGACAAGAAGACGACGCUCAUCGACAGCAAAGAGCUCAACCACGGCAUUGCCCUGACGGAUGACGGCAAGACACUGUAUGCCUCCUCGGCGGACAAUGUCUACGAGUGGACGUACGACUCCAAGGCCGUCAAGCUCGGCGACACCAACCGCACCAUUGUCACCAACAUGAGCACGUCGGACCACACCACACGCACGCUGCUCCUCUCCAAGAAGAAGCCCGGCAUGCUGCUCGUCUCCCGCGGCAGCCAGUCCAACGAGGACAACAACGCCACCGAGCUCGACUCGGGCCACUCACAGAUCCGCAGCUUCGACCUGUCCAAGCUCGGCUCCAGCAGUGGCGCCAAGCCAUACGAGUACCUCGACGGGCACGUCAUUGGCUGGGGCCUGCGCAACUCGGUCGGUGUGGCCGAAGAUGCCCUGGGCGGCCUCUGGUCCGUCGAGAACUCGGUCGACGAGCUGCACCGCAAGGGCCAGGACAUCCACCAGGACAACCCCGCCGAAGAGCUCAACUACCACGGCACUAUUGACAAGCCCGACGACAAGCAGUCCCAGGGCGGCAACUAUGGCUACCCCGUCUGCUACGCCAUCUGGAGCACCAAGAACUUCCCGGAACUCGGCACACUGAGCACCGCGUCGCAGUUCCCCGACGACGACGCCCCCGGCAACGUCACUGACGCCGCCUGCAACGACGAGUACGUCGCCCCACGCCUCGCCUUCCAGGCUCACACGGCGCCGCUCGACAUCAAAUUUGAUGCCGAUGGCACCAACGCCUACGUCUCAUUCCACGGCAGCUGGAACCGCGAGGACCCCGUCGGGUACCGCAUCGCUAGCGUCGCCUUCAAGGACGGCCAGCCGACCGCCGGCAAGGACAGCAUGGACGCCGCCGUCGACGUGCUCACCACAAAGGACCUCUCCAACUGCCCGGACAACUGCUUCCGCCCCGUGGGCCUCGCCUGGGACAGCAAGGGCCGGCUCUGGUUCUCAUCGGACAGCACGGGCGAGAUCUUCGUCAUGCAGCAUGACAGCAGCUCGGGUGGUGGUGGCAAGGACGGAAAAAGUGUUGGCAGUCGCCGGGCUCCCGAGCUUGCUGCAGCGGCAUUUGUGGCUCUUGCUGUUGCUGCUCUUCUGUCGUGA